AUGGCUUUAAUGGAAAGAGAUAGGGAAACGAUUUUGAGUGAGAUUAAGGUGCUUUCGUUCGCCGCCGAGAGCCCUCCGCUCUCGGUGCUCGUGGCAGCCAAGCUCGCCGGAAUUUCUCUCCCCACCGACAACUCGCUAUCCGCUGAUUCUCCUCAUCUUUUGCACUUCUCCGAUGGGUUGAAAUUACAUGGAACUUUUGUGCUUCUGCGAUAUAUCGGUCGAAUUGCUAACUUGUAUGGGGAGAAUGCAAUUCAAGCUGCCCAGAUUGACGAGUGGCUUGAGUACGCGCCUGUGCUUUCACAGGGUGCUGCGUUUGAGAAUGCAUGCAAACAUUUGGAUGACUAUUUGGGAAGCCGAACUUUUUUCGUUGAUCACUCUUUUUCCAUUGCCGAUAUAGCAAUCUGGUCAGGUCUUGCAGGAACUGGGCAAAGAUGGGAAAGUUUGAGGAAGUCAAAAAAGUACCAAAACCUUUCUCGGUGGUUCAAUUCGCUAUUAGCGGAAUAUGGUGAUGCCCUGAAUGAAGUCACAGCUACCUUCGUUGGCAAGAGAGGCUUGGGAAAGCCAACAGAAACUAAAUCAAAAGGCACUCAAGCCAAUCAGGAAUCAAAGAGUGUAAAUGGAGAUGUAUCUGAGAAAGGUAAAGCAGGAAGCAGAUCAACAUUUGAAGUAGAUCUGCCAGAAGCUGAGAUGGGAAAGGUUCGACUGAGAUUUGCACCCGAACCCAGUGGCUUUCUUCACAUUGGGCACUCAAAAGCAGCUUUGUUGAAUCAGUAUUUUGCUCAAAGGUAUCAGGGUCAGCUUAUUGUGCGAUUUGAUGAUACAAAUCCCGCGAAAGAGAGCAAUGAGUUUGUGGACAAUCUUCUCAAGGAUAUUGAGACUUUGGGCAUCAAGUAUGAAACAGUUACCUAUACUUCAGAUUACUUCCCUCAGUUGAUGGAAAUGGCUGAGAAUUUGAUUCGCCAGGGUAAAGCAUAUGUUGAUGACACACCACGUGAGGAGAUGCAGAAGGAAAGGAUGGAUGGCAUUGAAUCAAAAUGCAGAAACAACAGUGUAGAGGAGAAUCUAAAACUAUGGAAGGAAAUGAUUGCUGGUUCUGAUAGGGGUCUGCAGUGCUGUGUCCGUGGGAAGCUGGAUAUGCAGGAUCCAAACAAAUCUCUUCGGGAUCCAGUUUAUUAUCGUUGCAAUCCAAUGCCACAUCAUAGGAUUGGAUCCAAGUACAAGAUAUACCCAACUUAUGAUUUUGCGUGUCCCUUUGUUGAUUCUAUAGAAGGUAUUACCCAUGCACUUCGAUCUAGUGAGUAUCACGACCGCAAUGCUCAGUACUAUCGAAUUCAAGAGGAUAUGGGACUGCGAAAAGUGCAUAUAUAUGAAUUUAGUAGGUUGAACAUGGUUUAUACACUUCUCAGCAAGCGCAAGCUUUUGUGGUUCGUUCAAAAUGAGAAGGUUAAUGGAUGGGAUGAUCCUCGUUUUCCAACUGUUCAAGGAAUUGUGCGCAGAGGUCUUAAAGUUGAAGCUUUAAUACAAUUCAUUCUUGAGCAGGGAGCUUCAAGGAAUCUCAAUCUCAUGGAAUGGGACAAACUCUGGACCAUUAAUAAGAAGAUAAUUGAUCCAGUAUGUCCAAGACAUACUGCGAUCGUUGAAGAGCGUCGAGUAUUGUUGACGCUGAUUAAUGGCCCUGAGAAACCUUUUGUUCGCAUCAUUCCCAGGCACAAGAAGUACGAAGGUGCUGGAGAGAAGGCGACAACAUACACAAGGACGAUAUGGCUAGAGUCUGCUGAUGCAGAGUCCAUCAAGGUAGAUGAGGAAGUGACCUUGAUGGAUUGGGGGAAUGCCAUUGUCAAAGGGAUUGAGAAAGACCAAGAUGGAAACCUCAAACUCACAGGGGUUUUGAAUCUUGAGGGGUCCGUCAAGACGACGAAAUUGAAGCUUACGUGGCUACCCCAAACAGAUGAACUAGUUAAGCUGUGUUUGAUGGAGUUUGACUACCUGAUCACAAAGAAGAAGGUUGAGGAAGGAGAAGAUUUCCUUGAUGUACUUAACCCCUGUACAGAAAAGGAGACUGUAGCCCUUGGGGACUCCAACAUGCGAAAUCUCAAGCGAGGGGAUAUAUUGCAGCUUGAGAGGAAAGGUUAUUACAGAUGUGAUGUUCCCUACAUUAGGUCUUCAAAGCCAAUUGUUCUAUUCGCAAUCCCCGAUGGCAGGCAGCAGACCGGAUUCAAGUGA